UGCGAGCGAGGGAAUGCAGAAAUGAGCAAUCUGAAAAAGUGCAAAGCCUCCCAGUGCGGCCGAGAUCCCGGACCUGCACACGCGCAUCGUGUGAUGCCUGUGUCGCAGCCAGUACGUGCCAAGAGUUUGUUACGCGCAAACUUGGAAAACUCACGCGCGCGAGUCUUACAGAGCAGAAUGCCCAACAUCAAGGUCUUCAGCGGGACCUCGCAUCCGGAUCUCGCCCAGCGGAUCGUCGACCGCCUCGGCAUCGACAUCGGCAAGGUUGUCACCAAGAAAUUCAGCAACCUCGAGACAUGCGUGGAGAUAGGAGAAUCCGUCCGUGGAGAAGAUGUCUACAUCGUGCAAAGUGGAAGCGGCGAGGUGAACGAUAAUCUUAUGGAACUUCUCAUCAUGAUCAACGCUUGUAAAAUUGCUUCUGCAUCCCGAGUAACAGCGGUGAUACCUUGUUUUCCUUAUGCGAGGCAGGACAAAAAAGACAAGGGCGGUGAUGGUGGAGACUCUAAAAAUCAGAUUGUCAUGAAGUCGAACGAGUGGAAAUUCAGGAGCCGUGCGCCAAUCUCCGCAAAAUUAGUAGCAAAUAUGCUUUCUGUGGCGGGUGCUGAUCACAUUAUCACAAUGGACUUGCAUGCUAGUCAAAUACAAGGAUUUUUCGACAUCCCAGUAGACAACUUAUUCGCCGAACCUGCUGUUCUCAAAUGGAUUAAAGAGAAUAUCGUUGAAUGGCGAAAUAGUAUCAUUGUCUCCCCUGACGCUGGUGGUGCCAAAAGAGUCACAUCUAUCGCAGACCGAUUAAAUGUCGAAUUUGCGCUCAUACAUAAAGAAAGGAAGAAAGCGAAUGAAGUCGCCAGUAUGGUAUUGGUUGGUGAUGUUAAAGACAGAGUUGCUAUUCUUGUAGACGAUAUGGCUGACACUUGUGGUACCAUCUGUCACGCAGCAGAAAAGCUGUUGGAAGCUGGUGCCACGAAAGUUUAUGCGAUACUUACACAUGGCAUCUUCAGUGGGCCAGCAAUUAGUAGAAUUAACAAUGCUUGCUUCGAGGCUGUGGUAGUGACUAAUACUAUCCCUCAAGAUGGUCACAUGAAAGAUUGCCCAAAGAUUCAGUGUAUUGAUGUCUCGAUGAUGUUUGCCGAAGCAGUGAGGCGGACACAUAAUGGUGAAUCUGUAUCGUACCUGUUUUCAAACGUACCAUAUUAGAUGCAAAUCUUCCGUAAUUUACUUUAAACUAUGUAAGAAGAGCAUAUUCUUUUUACAUUUGUUUAUUGUUAUUGUUAGUUAAAAACUACUUCGUUUACCUGCUAGUUAGGUUUAUAUUCUGUGUGUCCUAUAAUUCCAAAUUAAAAUGAUACUAUUUUUUCAUAAAUCUCUAAUAGCAAAUACACGAUUAAUCGAUAUAAAAAGCACGAACUUUUAGAAGAUUAAAGAUUUAGAUGUGUGUAAGAUGUUUUUUUUAACUUAAUAGUUCUUCGAAUUUUUCCAAACAGUAAAAGAGAUGUAUAAUACUUAAGAAUUUUGUUGCAAUCAAAGAAAGUUGCAAUUUGGGCUCAACUUAUGACAUUAUUCUUUUUAUCAGUCUCAAUUUAACACAAAAUGAUAGACAGAUCAAUCUGUUGUAAUAACUAUUAGUAAUUUUUAAUGGAUUGAAAUAUUUGUAAACUAUGAUUAAAAUGUGUCUUUAAUGCACAUAAUAGUCAUGUAAUAAUUUGCUAGGGAAAAUAUCAAAUGAACUAACUUUAGAUCUGCAAUAUAUAUAUAUAAAUUUUUCAUACAUUAUGUAAAAGAUAGCUUAAAUUUUCGUAGUUUAGUUAAAAUGUGUCCAACGCGUUGCGAUCAUGAUGUACACGAUAGGAAAAUGGCACUGAUAGUGUUUGUAAUGCAAGCAUAACAAUUUAGGAUAAUAAUUUAUUAAAAUCAAGAUAAUUUACAACGUUCGAUAAAGAUACGAACUCUGAUUUGAUUCUUUAAAAUAGCCUUCGAUCAAUUAUGCGAAUUUAGCUUGACACGGCUAUGGUGACGAUUGCAAAUUUUUUCUUAAUAGUGCCAUUUGUUAUUCGAGUGGAUAUUACAAUAAAUGUAUAAAAA